UUAACUCAACUUGCCAAAGGCGGCUCUGGUCAGAUUUAUACCAAUUCAUUUACAAUGGUGGUAUCCAAACCACUAUUAUUGCAUGGUAUUGUUGGCUUUUAAAUAUCUGUACAUUUUCUGACGUUUUCGUCCUUUUUAACGCGAGUUGGUAAAAGUUGAAGACGGCUAGCCAGUUAGCAAGCCGGCUAAGGAAGUUAGCCAAACAGUUAGCUGUCGAGCCGCGUCAGCUCGCCGACGGCAGCGCUCUUGUCUCCCGCAUUUCGAGCCUACUCGCCGGCCUUUGCAACUAAACAUUCCACCAAGAAGCCAGAAGCCAAAUUAGAACCGCACUCGGACAUGUAAAAACAUCCCAAAGUCCCAUGAUCUUUCAUCGGAAGGACAUGUUUGUUCCAAUUCUGCCGCUUAUUUCAUGAGACGCUGCUUCUUUUUUGACAAAGAAAGCCGAGCGGACUUUCUUUCUGUCGUCCUUGGCUGGAUUCAGCUUUUUUUCCGGGCGUAUGGCUCCACAGAGACACGGCCCCACGGGUGGGAGCCACCCGGUGGGUUCUGGUGCCGCAGGGAGAGCUAAUGGGCUGUACUCGUCAUCUGACUCCAAGAAGGCCAACAUGCAGCUCGUCCAAGCCGACCACGAGUUGUUCCUGCAGGCCUUCGAGAAGCCCACCCAAAUCUACAGGUUCCUCCGCACCAGGAACUUGACAGCUCCCAUAUUCCUGCACAGGACCCUCACCUACAUGUCCCACAGAAACUCCAGGAAGAACACCAGACGGAAAAGCGCCACGGUGGACAAUCUGCUCUUCCAAGUGGAAAAGAUGCGGGGCGAGCAGGAGACGCACAGCCGGGCAUCAAACCUGCAGCUCACCUUUACGGGCUUCUUCCAUAAAGCUGGGAAGCCGUCUCAGGACUGCGAGAACCAGCAGAACUCAGUCUCUCUGGAGGUUCUGCUGGUCAAAGUCUGUCACACAAAGAGGAAGGAUGUCAGCUGUCUGGUCAAACAGGUUCCGGCCGGUAAGAAGCAGGUUCCUCUCAACCCGGACGUGAGCUCCGGCGGCGGCACGGCCGCCAAACCCGGAAACUUGCCCUCCCUGCUGGUCCCCAGCAGCGAGUUUGAACCCAGCAACUCCCACAUGGUCAAGUCCUACUCGCUGCUCUUCAGAGUGGCCCGGGCCGGCUACCCCUGCUCCCCCUUCAACGGCCUCCCCAACGGAGAGCCCCGCCACAACAGAGAGCUGAAUGAGGACUUGGACAGGAAGAGGCGGAGCUCCCCUCUAAGAGAAGAUGGCGAAAGCACGUUAGUGGCUCAGAUGACCGUCUUUGAUAAAAACAGACGUCUGCAGCUGCUGGACGGCGAGUACGAGGUCUCCAUGCAAGAGAUGGCGUGUCCCGUCAACAACAAGAGGGCCACCUGGGAGACCAUCCUGGACGGGAAGCACCUGCCCCCGUUGGAGACCUUCUCCCAGGGCCCCACGCUGCACUUCACACUGCGCUGGACCAGCGACGCUUCAGAGCGCUCCACCGCUCCCGUCGCCAAACCCCUGGCCACUCGGAACUCGGACGCCAACCACGAGAGCAGGCCCGGCACGCUGCGGUCCGUGCACGCCCCCGGUGAGCGAGCUGAGUGCAGAGCGUGCGAGGAGACGCAAAGGAGGGGGGUGAUCUGGACUGACGGGAUGUGUUUGCACGCAGCUCUGAAGGAAUCCAUCAACGGGGACAAAGUCCAAACCAGGAGAGAACACAUGGCAGCAGAAUCACCACAGAAACUGAGGAUCUUCUACCAGUUCCAGUACAACAACAAUACUCGUCAGCAGACGGAGGCCAGAGAUGACCUUCACUGUCCUUGGUGCACGCUCAACUGCAGGAAGCUCUACAGUCUGCUCCAACACCUCAAGCUGUCCCACUCGCGCUUCAUCUUCAACUAUGUGCCUCACCCUAAAGGAGCGAAGAUCGAGGUGUCCAUCAACGAGUGUUACGACGGGUCGCACUCGGGGAACCCUCAAGACGUCCACAACCAGCCGGGCUUCGCCUUCAGCAGGAACGGGCCCGUCAAAAGGACGGCGGUCUCUCGCGUGUUCGUCUGCAGACCCAAGCGGACCAAGCUGAGUCUGUCCGAGUUCCUGGAGUCGGAGGAUGGCGAGCGGGAGCAGCAGAGGACGUACAUCAGCGGACACAACCGCUUGUACUUCCACAGUGACAGCUGCGUGCCGCUGCGGCCUCAGGAGAUGGAAGUGGACAGCGAAGACGAGCGAGACCCGGACUGGCUCAAAGAGAAGACUGCCAAGCAAAUCGAGGAUUUCACUGACGUGAACGAGGGCGAGAAGGAGAUCAUGAAGCUGUGGAACCGUCACGUCAUGAAACACGGCUUCAUCGCAGACCACCAGCUGAACGAGGCCUGCCUGCUCUUCACCGAACUGCACAGCGCCCACAUCAUCGAGCGCAACCUGUGUCGCAACUUCCUGCUGCACAUGAUCAGCAUGCACGACUUCAACCUGGUCACCACGCUCACCAUCGACCGCGCCAUGGCCCGACUGCGCCUCCUGCAGAACCAGGCCUCACAGAGCCGCAGUGUGGACGACUGUGAUGAUGAUGAUGAGGGGGAGGAGGAGGAAUGGGAAACGGCGGUGGAGUCCCAGACUGAGCUGGACCCGGAUCACCAGUCCUCUCAGUGUACACCUACCGGGAGGUGCCAGGAAAGCAGCCAGCAUCAGAACGCCGCAUGAAACGGACCGACGACAGCGGGCGCGUUAGAAAGCAUCGCAGAGCAAUCGAACUGGACUCUGGAUUUUUGGAGCUUAAAGACACCAGAACAUCAUGUGCUUCUGUUGACUUGAACCGCUCCUCAGAGGUCACCAGCACAUUGGGAGCCGGCCUCUCCGGUGGUUCUAGGUUCUUCUUCUUUUGCCAGCGCUGGAAUUAUGAUUUUUUUUAUGUCCUGAACUGCAGCGUUCUUCUUUGGAUCAUCAAGUUCUGAACCGCUGCUGCCUUUCAUCUUAUUUUAUUUCCGUGGGAGCACAGUGAAGUCCACUUUACCAUCGUACAACCAACACUUGGGACUCUAUGAAUAAUUUCAGCCAGCAGGGAGUCAACUAAUUUGCCAAGUAAAGAAGAGGUGAACGUACGUACCUUCCUGGUAGGAGUUUAGCCAAUGCACAAGUGCCUUAAGUUGCAUUCUUUCCAGAGGCCAGCAGGGGGCAACAAAACAAAGAGGUGCACACUUUCCCUGAAAAAACACAAAGGUACUUUGAAUUGAAGUGUCAUCAAGUAUUCACUAGUUUCUGGUCUUCAUUUUAGUUUCACCUUGACAUGAAAAACAGGGUUGACAUCUCAGUCGAGGCCUUGAUGCUCCACCUCCUCACAUAAGACUCCAGCGUGGUCAUCCCCUCUACGACCUGGGCACCAUUUAUCAUUUUUAGUCUUUCUUGGAAGCAAGCGUGCUUAAUAUGUUAGCUUUGGACUUCAGUGGAGUGGAACCGUGAACAGCGGCAGAAUACUUUAAUACAAUGACAGCUUGCUGUGGCCACCGAGGAACGACGGAGAGCCCAUCAGCAGGACUCUUUAAAAAGGCUUCACUUAAGGUGUUCAGAACCACAGCGGCGUGUGAUGAGCACUUUUUUUUUUUUUUUUGAUGAAAGUUUUUGUUCCUUCACGAGACCAGCAGGAUUUUUGCACAAGUUGACAGCAGCAAUGUGAAGAAAACGAUGUUAAACCAGCAUGAUGUUGUCAACUUUGGGUUUUCUAUUAAAAGCGCACAUUUGUUACCUUCUAAACCUGGAUGCUUUUAAGCAAACUAAGGCUAAAUGUCUCUCUGUUGAACGUUUAUACAUCUGACAUCAACACAUGUUGACUUUACAUCAAGCCAUAGAGGUGGUCACCUAGCACGGAUUACAAGUGUACAAUUCUUCAUCCCAGUAGAAAUACAUCCAUUGUUGGUUGAAGAGGAACAUAGAUGUUUUUGUGAAAGGGUACCAGGUGAAGACCUUGCCAAGUAUUUAUUUGUUCCUAGAGAGCUUUGACACACAGACUUUAUAUUUAAAAAAAAAAAAGCAUCAUAGUACAAUUGUCUCCAUGGUGACGGCGACCUCCACCACGUCCACAAAAGAAAGCAAAACAGUCACUUCAGUUAACGUUAGCUCAAAAAGUAGCCUCAGUUGAUGAAUGAGUCAACUUCCUGUUGCACAAAACCUGCAUGGUGGCAACACUGCCUCC